AUGAAUUCAAAAAAUUUCUACGAUAAACAUGCCGAGCAUCAAGAUAAUACAAGUUUAGGAAAACUACGUUCAACAUACUGGACAACAAAACAACUUGUAAUGAAAAAACUCGGUAGAGAAGAAGAUGAAUUUGUUCUUGCAUCUGAUGCUGAUGUUGACGCUAAACUUGAAUUGCUUUAUGCAAUACGACAAUCGUGUCAUGAUUUACUUCGCAUUAUGGAGAAUUAUCAAACAAAUCUUCUCAUUCUUGCACACGAAGAAACAGAUAUGGCCCGUUUUUUAAAAGAUUAUGCUCAAAUGGAUAAAACGCGGGCCGGAAAAAUGAUGGCUAGUGUAUCAAAAGUUCUUGCAUAUACUGCUCAUCAACGUUUAGCAUUACGUCCACCGUUGAUUCGUUUAAAUAACGAAAUAGAAACAUUCCGUCAUCGUGCGGUAACUGAUACAUUGUCAACAGUGAACCGAAUGGAAACAGCAAGAACAGAAUAUCGCGGAAGUAUUUUAUGGUUAAAAGAUGCAUCGACACAACUUGAUCCUGAAAAACAAUUAGAAAAAUUUCGUCGCGUACAAAGUCAAGUAAAACAAACAAAAACAGAAUACGAUCGAUUGAAAAAUGAUGUUAUUGAAAAAAUUGAUUUAUUAACAGCUAGUCGAUGUAAUAUGUAUUCAUAUGCAUUAGCUACAUAUCAAAAGUCUCUACUUGUCUUUUGGGAAAAAACAUCAAAAACAAUGAAAGCUGUUGCUGAAUCAUUUAAAGGUUAUCAAUAUUAUGAAUUUACUGUUAUUAAAAAUCUUACUGAACCAAGUCGAUUAUUAGCUGAGAUGAAUUCGAAAUCAUCGACUGAUAAAUCAAAAGUAAAAGAUGAUGAACUUAUUGAUAUUAAUGAAAAAAAAAAUGAUCGAAGUCAGGAUCAAAUAAUUUCUAUUGACAAUAAUCAAAAAGAAACAUCAGAUCCAACAGAACCAAUCAAUGCAUUAAUUGAUAUAUCCGAUGAUCAACUUGAUAGUCAACUUCUUGAACUAGAAAAACUAACAACUAUUGAUCGUAAUCCAUCAGCAUCGAUAAACAAUAAAAAGACAUCAGGUGACGGUGAGAAUCUUGUUGACUUGUCGACUACAUCUGCUGAACAUGACAAAUUAUUUUCUGAUUUUCUUUCACCUAUCUUAUCUGGAAAUACAACUACUGAUCUACUUGAUAGCAAUGAAAAUAAUAGUUUUGAUGCUCAAUGGACAGCGGCAUUCGAUAAUAUUGCAAAUCAACAACCAGCAUCGAACAUUCAGAAAGAUUCAACUGCAUCAAAUAAUAAUAGUUUUCUCCCGUCAACACUUCUUAGUGAAUUAUUAACGUCUAUGACUAAAAAUAAUAAGUCAACAGUUCCACCAUCAUCAAACCUGAAACCAAAACCACUGCCAACAGCAGCAGCAGCAGCAGCAGGAAAAAAUACAGAAAAAUCAAGUUGGCUAAAUUUAUUUGCUGAACUAGAUCCACUACAAAAUCCUGAUGCUGUUGGUAAAACAGCUGGAGAUGAAGCUGAUAGAAAUUGUUAA